GAGUAACAGAGGCCAAACGAGCCACUUCUUCUUCUCUCCACACAUGAAGGUGUCUGUAAGCUGAGCUGAACUCAGUUCAACAGGUGGGGGCUCUGCUAUGGAUCAGAGUGAGGACAGAGAGCAGGGAGCCCCUCCCUCUAACACAGCUCUGUAUAGGGAACAUGACAGCUGGACCAAAGCUUUGAGCCCAAAGCAGAAGCUUAAACCAGACUUAGAGGAACCUGGACCUGAUCCCAGCUGUGUGUCCUUCAGGAGUGAUCGGUCUAUUGGACAACCUUUGAACUUCAAAGAUGGACAAAGACCUGGAUCUGGUCUCAGCUGUGUGUCCUACAAGAGUGACCGGUCUAUUGGUCAACCUCUGAACUUCAAAGACAGACAACAGUCCGCUGACCAGAAACCUGGAUCUGGUCUCAGCUGUGUGUCCUACAAGAGUGACCGGUCUAUUGGUCAACCUCUGAACUUCAAAGAUGGACAACCAUCUGCUGACCAGAGAACCGGACCUGGUCCCAGCUGUGUAUCCUACAAGAGUGACCGGUCUAUUGGUCAACCUCUAAACUUCAACCAGAGACCUGGACCUGGUCCCAGCUGUGUGUCCUACAAGAGUGACCGGUCUAUUGGUCAACCUCUGAACUUCAAAGAUGGUGAUCACUCAAAAGCACAGAGACAUGGACCUGGUCCCAGCUGUGUAUCCUACAAGAGUGAUCGGUCUAUUGGUCAACCUCUGAACUUUAAAGACAGACAACAGUCCACUGAUCAGAAACCUGGACCUGGUCCCAGCUGUGUGUCCUACAAGAGUGACCGGUCUAUUGGUCAACCUCUGAACUUUAAAGAUGUUGAUCACUCGACAGCACAGAGACCAAAGGCUACCACGGCUCCCAGUACUCAAACAAGACUGGACUCUAUAUUUAGGCUGCUUGAGGAGAACAUCAUCAGAUUUGUGAAGAGUGAGCUGAAAAAGAUCCAGAGAGUUCUGAGUCCCGAUUGCCCAGAAUGCUUUGUGCUCGAUGGUAAAGAGGAGGAGCAGAGGAGAAGCAGCAGGGAGGAAUUUCUGAAGAUCACUUUGAACUUCCUGAGGAAAAUGAAGCAGGAGGAGCUGGCUGACUGUCUGCAGAGCAGAACCAGUGCUUUAGAUUGCCCAAGUAAGCUGAAAUCUAACCUGGUGGAGAAGUUCCAGUGUGUCUUUGAGGGGAUUGCUAAAGCAGGAAACCCAACCCUUCUGAAUCAGAUCUACACAGAACUCUACAUCACAGAGGGAGGGACUGGAGAGGUCAACGAUGAACACGAGGUCAGACAGAUCGAAACAACAUCUAGGAAAUCAUACAGACCAGAAAUAACUAUCAGACAGGAAGACAUCUUUCAAGCUCCACCUGGAAGAGAUGAACCAAUCAGAACAGUGAUGACAAAGGGCGUGGCUGGCAUCGGGAAAACAGUCUUAACACAGAAGUUCACUCUGGACUGGGCUGAAGGCAAAGCCAACCAGGACAUUGACUUCACUUUUCCAUUUACUUUCAGAGAGCUGAAUGUGCUGAAAAAGAAAAAGCUGAGCUUGGUGGAGCUUCUUUAUCACUUCUUCACUGAAACCAAGGAAGCAGGACUCUGCAGGUUUGAAGAGUUCCAGGUUGUGUUCAUCUUUGAUGGUCUGGAUGAGUGUCGACUUCCUCUGGACUUCAAAAAUAACAAGAUCCUGACUGAUGUUAAAGAGUCCGCCUCAAUGGAUGUGCUGCUGACAAACCUAAUCAGCGGUAAACUGCUUCCAUCUGCUCGUCUCUGGAUAACCACACGACCUGCAGCAGCCAAUCAGAUCCCUCUUGAGUGUGUUGACAUGGUGACAGAGGUCAGAGGGUUUACUGACCCACAGAAGGAUGAGUAUUUCAGGAAGAGAUUUGGUGAUGAGGAUAAGACCAGCAGAAUCAUCUCCCACAUCAAAACAUCCAGAAGCCUCCACAUCAUGUGCCACAUCCCGGUCUUCUGCUGGAUCACUGCUACAGUCCUGGAGGAUGUGCUGAAGACCAGAGAAGGAGGAGAGCUGCCCAAGACUCUGACCGAGAUGUACAUCCACUUCCUGGUGGUUCAAUCCAAAGUGAAGAACAUCAAGUAUGAUGGAGGAGCUGAGACAGAUCCACACUGGAUUCCAGAGAGCAGGAGGAUGGUUGAGUCUCUGGGAAAACUGGCUUUUGAGCAGCUGCAGAAAGGAAACCUGAUCUUUUAUGACUCAGAUCUGAUGGAGUGUGGCAUCAAUAUCAGAGCAGCCUCGGUGUACUCAGGAGUGUUCACACAGAUCUUUAGAGAGGAGAGAGGACUGUACCAGGACAAGGUGUUCUGCUUCAUCCACCUGAGCGUUCAGGAGUUUCUGGCUGCUUUUCAUGUCCAUCAGACCUUCAUCAACUCUGGAGUCAACCUGAUGGCAGAAAAACAAACACCAUCACUGAUCUCUAGAAUCUUUGGAGACAAAUCUAAACUGAAACAACUCCAUCAGAGUGCUGUGGACCAGGCCCUGAAGAGUCCAAAUGGACACCUGGACUUGUUACUCCGCUUCCUCCUGGGUCUUUCACUGCAAACCAAUCAGCAUCUUCUUCGAGGUCUGCUGACACAGACUGGGAAGAACUCAGAGACUGACAAGGAAACAGUCCAGUACAUCAAGACAAAGAUCAGUGAGAAUGUCUCUGCAGAGAAAAGCAUCAAUCUGUUCCACUGUCUGAAUGAACUGAAUGAUCGUUUUCUGGUGGAGCAGAUCCAAGAGUUCCUGAAAUCAGGAAGUCUCUCCAUGAAUGAACUGGCUUCUGCUGAUUGGUCAGCUCUGGUGUUCAUCUUACUGUCAUCAGAAAAAGAUCUGGAGGUGUUUGACCUGAGGAAAUACUCUGCUUCAGAGGAGGCUCUUCUGAAGCUGCUGCCAGUGGUCAGAGCCUCAAAAACAGCUCGGUUGAUUGGUUGCAACCUCUCAAAGAGAAGCUGUGAAGCUCUGUCUUCAGUCCUCAGCUCCCAGACCUCCAGUCUGAGAGAGCUGGACCUGAGUAACAAUGACCUGCAGGAUUCAGGAGUGAAUCUGCUUUGUGCUGGAUUGGAGAGUCCACACUGCAAACUGGAAGUGCUCAGGCUAUCAGGCUGUCUGAUCACAGAGGAAGGCUGUUCCUCUCUGGCCUCAGCUCUGCAGUCCAACCCCUCCCAUCUGAAAGAGUUGGAUCUACGCUACAAUCAUCCAGGAGACUCAGGAAUGAAGCUAUUGUCCGCCGGCAUCAAGGAUCCACUCUGGAGACUGGACACACUCAGGUUGGACCAUGUUGGAGAGCAGUGGUUGAAACCUGGUCUGAGGAAGUAUUUCUGCGAAAUCUCACUGGACCCAAACACGGCCCACAAACAGCUCAAACUGUCUGAAAACAACAAGAAGGUGACAUUUUUGGAGGAGGAUCAAGCACAUCCUCCUCAUCCAGAGAGAUUUGAAAUCUGGACUCAGGUGCUGUGUAGAGAAAGUCUGACUGGUCGCUGCUACUGGGAGGUUGAGUGGAAAGAAAGGGUUACUAUAGCGGUGACGUACAAAAGCAUCAGAAGGAAAGGAAACAGUGACGACUGUGUGUUUGGAUUUAAUGACCACUCCUGGAGACUGCACUGCACUGACCAAGGUUUCGCUCACCGUCACAAUGACAAAACUCCAGCAGUCCCUUUCUGCUGUACCUCUGUCACUGACAGAGUAGCUGUGUACGUGGACUGUCCCGCUGGCACUCUGUCCUUCUACAAGGUCUCCUCUGAUGUGCUGACCCACCUCCACACCUACAACACCACGUUCACUGAGACGCUCUUGGCUGGGUUUGGGUUUGGACGGGACUCCUACGUGAAACUGUGCACUCUGUAGAAGGUAGUCGUCUACUCUUCACAGAAGAAAAAAACAACUUGAAGCAAUUCUGCUUUACAAACUUGUUAUUUACCAUCGCAGAUAAAGGUAUUAGUAUGUUUGAAUCAAACUUUAAAUGUUUUUCUUUGUUCUGUUACCAAGCAUGUUCCUUUUUCCUGAAUUAGAGAUGUAUGGAAUUAUUAUGUAUUUCACUUUGAGCCACAUGGUGGAUGUUUAUGAGUUCAGACAACGCUAACACUUGAUGUCUAUUCAGGGCACAACUGAGAUUCGAUGUAAUGUUUGCUUCAUCAAUGCCAUUUGUUUUCUACAAUGAUUAACAUGAUUUAUGGCACUAAAAUAAAUGAAGACGAUUUUUCUGUU